GCUGUUUAUCCUAUUCUCUCAACCUCUCCGGCCCCAGUCCUCCCCUCCGGUACCCCAGGCAUUAGCAGUAGAGGCUUUAUGAGCAGCUGGAAAUCUUGUGGUGCUGGUCACCGUUGGUCCUUGUGUGGAGUCCUGCAAGGUGUCCCCUGGAGUGUGUCACAAUCCUGGGAGCUUGAAAGAACCCAGAGUGCAGGGCUGUGGCUGCUGUCUACACUUCAGGAGGCCACUUGCUGAUAGCUACUGUAUGUCUCUUGCCUGCCUCUCCUGCUCCAGGAAUACCUCACUCUAGGAGGCCGAAGAUGCCAUAUUCCAGUCUGCAUCCAUCCAUCCCACGUCCCAGAGGUAAUCGGUCCAAGCAGGCAGCCUUGGUCUUGCUGGUGACCAGCCUGGUGAUCCUUUGGGGGCUCGGUGACUCACCGGAUCACAUUCUCCAUUACCUGGUACUCCACCUGGCCUCCCUGCAGCUUGGACGACUGUUGAAAGAGGCCUGCUGUCUGACUGAAGAGCUGCGCCAUGUCCACUCCAGGUAUCAGAGCAACUACAGGAAGGCUGUGCACGCUUGUCUGGGCUGCCCCAUCCGCCGUACGGCCCUGCUGGUGCUGUCCUUCUAUUUCUGCUACUAUUAUUUCCCAAAAAAUGCUGGCCUGAGUCUCAGUUGGAUGCUCCCCUUGCUGGCCCUCUCACAGUCCAUCAACAUCCUUCUGGGCCUCCAGAGCCUCGCCCCAGCAGAAAUUUCUGCCAUCUGUGAAAAAGGAAACUUCAAUGUUGCCCAUGGGCUGGCCUGGUCAUACUACAUUGGGUACCUGCGGCUCAUCUUGCCAGGGCUCCAGGCCAGGAUCCGACUGUUCAAUCAGCAACACAACCACAUGCUACGGGGAGCAGGGAGCCGAAGGCUGUAUGUUCUCUUCCCAUUGGACUGUGGGGUGCCCGAUGACCUGAGUGUGGCUGACCCCAACAUUCGCUUCCGAGAUAAACUGCCCCAGCAAAGCAUAGACCGUGCUGGCAUCAAGAAUCGGGUUUAUUCCAACAGUGUCUAUGAGCUUCUAGAGAAUGGGCAGCCAGUAGGCGCCUGUAUCCUGGAGUACGCCACUCCCUUGCAGACCUUGUUUGCCAUGUCACAGGAUGGGAAAGCUGGCUUUAGUCGGGAAGAUCGGCUUGAGCAGGCCAAACUCUUCUGCCGGACACUUGAAGACAUCCUGGCUGAUGUCCCUGAAUCUAAAAACAACUGCCGCCUCAUUGUCUACAAAGAGCCUCAGGAGGGAGACAGCUUCUCCCUGUCUCAGGAGGUUCUCCGGCAUAUUCGUCAGGAAGAGCGGGAGGAAGUGGCCAUGAAUGACCUCCAGACCUCAGUGGUGUCCCGUUCUCACUCUUCUGUGCUGUCCCAAGAGCCGAGACUCCUCAUCAGUGACAUGGAGCAACCGCUCCCACUCCGCACAGACCUCAUCUGA